AUGUCUCUCGUCAACCUUUCCGCCGUCUGCGCCCACUUGAACAAUGCUACCAAGGCCCGUCUCGCCCUCACCUCUAUCCCUAACAGCAACCUCCACCUGAAGCUCUCCCUUGCUCUCCAAAACUCUGGCUACAUCUCCUCCGUGGCCCGCGGAGGUCCGACUCCUCCUCCAGCCCAUGGCAUCCUCGGUUACCCUGCAGUCAACGAUGAAGCCGAAGGCAUUGAGCCAAUAACGCGCGAUAACGUCGCAUCAAGGCGGCUGUGGCUGGGUCUGAAGUACUGGCAAAACGAGUCAGUCCUCGGCAAGAUCAAGAUGGUCAGCAAGCCCACCCGACGGGUCAACAUUGAUGUGGAAGGUCUACGCCGAGUUGUGCGUGGUGAGGAAUCCGGGUUUGUGGCCGGAAUUCGGUCGCCGGGUGAGAGUCUGUACCUCUCUACAGACCAAGGGAUUCUAGAAGCUCGCGAGUGUGUUGAGAAAAAGCUUGGUGGGCUGGUUUUGUGCCGUGUGCUAUAA